AUGGGACAAUGUGUAUGUUCUGAAUAAAUAACAGUGUUGAGUGAAGCACCUCCACUCACUUUUACUAGCAAAAUAGAGACGAUAAGAGAAGUAGCAGCUAUGACAGAAGAACCAAUGAUGCAAGGGGAUUUAGAGAAGAAUAUAUCCUAAACGAAAACCAGAUAAACCGAAGAUUCCUUACUGCUAGAAAUUCAUCGACCAGAUAUUAAGGAGGCCAGUUUGACAUCUUAAUUGUUCUAGACAUCCUCGUUCAAAGUCAAAGUAAGUGAUGGUUUUUAUGCAGGAACUAAUAGAUAGAUUGGGGCCAUAUGAAGUAGAAGAGACAGACGCUUAUUUCUAUGGAGUUUAUGAAUUAAAUAAUGGAAGUUUAUACAAAGGAGGGUGGUUAGAAGGUCAAAAAUGGAGUAAAGGUAAAUUCAGUUAUUAAAUAAAAAGGAGUUUAGAUCAUGAAAAAUGGAUCAAUUUAUGAAGGAUAAUUCUCCAGAGGAUUGGCCAAUGGAAAGGGUAGAAUGAUUUAUGCUGAUGGAGAUUAUUAUAUAGGAGAAUGGUCAGAUGAUCAACACCAUGGAUAUGGUGAGUAUUAUCAUGGUGAUGGUGCCAUGUACAAAGGAGAUUGGUUUGAGAAUUUAUAAAAUGGAUAUGGUUUUGAGUUGUUCUCUGAUUAAUCUAGUUAUACAGGCUAAUUUAAAUUAGGAAAGCGAGAUGGUCAAGGCGUUUAUAAAUUUCCUGAUGGUUCUCUUUAUGAAGGUUGGUUUAAGAAUAACUAAUUUAAUGGAUAAGGGUAUUUAGCAACUCCAUAUAUUGUAGUACAUACACUUGGCAUGACGGCAGAAAAUAUGAGGGGGAAUGGUUAAACGAUUAAAUGAAUGGAAAGGGCAAGAUGACAUGGACAAAUGGUACGGUAUAUGAAGGAGAAUACAAAAAUGAUAAGAAACAUGGGUUUGGAACAAUAACAUGGCGUAAUCCUAUUAUUAAUUUAGUUAGCUGAUUCUCGAUAAUAUUCAGGAUAAUGGGAAACUGGUAAAUAACAUGGCAUCGGAGAGUAUAUUAAUUGUUAGUAAGGGAAGAGAAAGGGAUAAUGGAUUAAUGGAAAAAGAAUCUAAUGGUGUGAUUGA